UAUCGAAGAAUAUAGCCGAGCUGGUCACUCUGAAAAAGCAAAACUGCAACUCACGAAAUUUGUCUAAAGAAUUUGUUGAUUUGUUAAGCGUUGCCUACUGAGAGUUUAAGAAAAGUUACAAGAUGACCGUGACCGCCACGCCACUGCCCGACAAUAUGAGGGUGAAAGCCUUCUCCGACUACAGAAAGAAGCUGUUGGAGCACAAGGAGAUCGAGGGCCGUCUCAAAGAAAAGCGCGAGGAGAUCAAGGAGCUGACCAAGCUGUACGACAAGUCGGAGAACGACCUGAAGGCGCUGCAGAGCGUGGGUCAGAUCGUAGGCGAAGUGCUGAAGCAGCUCACCGAGGAUAAAUUCAUUGUGAAGGCCACCAAUGGACCCCGCUACGUGGUCGGAUGCCGGCGACAGCUGGACAAGGCGAAGCUCAAGUCUGGCACCCGUGUGGCCCUCGACAUGACCACGCUGACCAUUAUGCGGUAUCUGCCACGCGAGGUGGACCCGCUGGUGUACAACAUGUCGCACGAGGACCCCGGCGAUGUUACCUACUCGGCCAUUGGCGGCCUCACCGAGCAGAUUCGUGAGCUGCGCGAGGUGAUCGAGUUGCCGCUCCUCAACCCGGAGCUCUUCCUGCGCGUUGGCAUCACGCCGCCCAAGGGCUGCCUGCUGUACGGACCCCCCGGCACGGGCAAGACUCUGCUAGCCCGCGCCGUGGCCUCCCAGCUGGACGCCAACUUCCUCAAGGUGGUGUCCUCGGCCAUUGUGGACAAGUACAUUGGCGAGAGUGCCCGUCUCAUUCGCGAGAUGUUCAACUACGCCCGCGACCACCAGCCCUGCAUCAUAUUCAUGGACGAAAUCGACGCCAUUGGUGGACGACGCUUCUCCGAGGGCACCUCGGCGGAUCGCGAGAUACAGCGCACACUGAUGGAGCUGCUCAACCAGAUGGAUGGCUUCGAUUCCCUGGGCCAGGUUAAGAUGAUCAUGGCCACCAAUCGGCCGGACACCCUGGAUCCUGCCUUGUUGCGUCCUGGUCGCCUGGACCGCAAGAUUGAAAUUCCGCUGCCGAAUGAGCAGGCCCGUCUGGAAAUCCUUAAGAUUCACGCCCUGAAGAUCGCCAAGCAUGGCGAGAUCGAUUACGAGGCCAUUGUGAAGCUGUCGGACAACUUCAACGGCGCUGAUCUGCGGAAUGUGUGCACAGAGGCGGGUCUCUUUGCCAUCCGCGCCGAGCGGGAGUAUGUGAUCCAGGAGGACUUCAUGAAGGCAGUGCGCAAGGUCUCGGACAACAAGAAGCUGGAGAGCAAGCUGGACUACAAGCCCGUCUAGGAAGCCCACAGUAGACUUAACCACGAAGGGAUUUACACACAUAUACAGAUAUAUAUAUUAUGUCCACGAAACAGGCUUGUCAUACAUAGUCCGUUGCUCUUCUCCAUACGCUAAUAUUAAAUGCUAUGUAAAGAUA